CCGAGCCCGGGGAGCCCGGGCAGCCCGGGGAGCCCCUGCGCAGCAGGGCGCGGCGUAGCCCUGGGAACUGGCUGCGCGCCAGGCCGUCCCAUUGUCUACGUAGGAUCCAGGAAACGAAGCUGGCCGCCCGCGCGGGGGAGCGAGGUCACCAGACGGCUACUUCCGCGGGGACCGAAGAAGGCGUUCUGCAAGGGCCGUGUCGGCAGCCGCGGGGCCCGGAGAGGACAGGAGGCUCGGCCAGGCUGCCGGGGAGCUGCGGUGCCACAGGACAUUCUAACUACGCAGGACCCCAGGCUGGCUACCCAGGGCCCCAUGGGGGCUACCCAGCACCCCAGGCUGGUUACCCAGGGCCCCAUGCGGGCUACCCAGGGCCCCAUGGGGGCUACCCAGGGCCCCAAGCUGGAUAUCCAGGCCCACAGACCGGAUUUCCAGGGCCCCAGGCUGGCUACCCAGGCCCACCAGCCGGCUACUCAGUUGCUGACCCAGCCAACUUUCCUGUCCAAAAUCAACCAGGACACGCCCAGCCUGGUGGACCUGCAGCGGGUCCGUGGAUGCCAGCUCCACCAGUUCCACUCAACUGCCCACCUGGAUUGGAGUAUUUGACUCAGAUUGACCAACUACUGGUUCAUCAAAGAGUCGAACUACUGGAAGCUUUAAUAGGUUUUGAAACUCAAAACAAAUAUGAAAUUAGGAACAGCCUGGGACAGAGGGUGUUCGUGGCAGCGGAAGACACCGACUGCUGUACCCGGAAUUGCUGUGGGCCCUCCAGACCUUUCACCUUGCGGAUUGUUGAUAAUAUGGGCCGAGAGGUGAUGACCCUGGAGAGACCGCUGCGCUGCAGCAGCUGCUGCUUCCCGUGCUGCCUUCAGGAGAUAGAAAUCCAAGCUCCUCCUGGUGUCCCAAUCGGUUAUGUCACUCAGACGUGGCACCCCUGUCUGCCUAAGUUUAAAAUUCAAAAUGAGAAGAAGGAGGAUGUGCUACACGUUUCCGGUCCAUGCAUUGUGUGUAGCUGCUGUGCAGAUAUUGAUUUUGAGAUCAAAUCUCUGGAUGAGCAAAGUGUGGUUGGCAAGAUUUCCAAGCAGUGGACUGGGCUUUUGAAAGAGGUCUUUACAGAUGCUGAUAACUUUGGGAUCCAGUUCCCACUGGACCUGGAUGUGAAAAUGAAGGCUGUGAUGCUCGGGGCUUGUUUUCUCAUCGACUUCAUGUUUUUUGAAAAAACUGGAGAAGCACAGCAAAGGGGGGGAGUCUGGUAAUGGAUGCCUGGAAGGCGGCCUGGGGAACCAGGACAUCUGCGUCUUGCUUUGGGAGACAGAACCAGAGUUCAGCUUUUCUGCGUCUGAUCACUGUGAACUGAGCUGUGAUGCUUGUCAUUCCGAUGAUGUGGUUUUCACUUUUCAAAUCAUAGCGUUUAUUUCAAAUGAUAAGGUAUAUUUACUGUAUAUCUGACUUCUAUUUUUAUAUAUUUUAGCAUAUUCACUGUGAACUUAUGAGAAAGGACAUGGGCAAUUUUUGCAUUUAGAAAUGAAAAGCAGAUUUAAACUAUGGAAUAUGGUUAAUUUUCCAGUUUUAUAAUAAAUUGUGUAUAGCUUUGUUUAUGAGAUUGUAACAGACUUACGAAUUACUCCAUGAAGUAUAGUUUUAGCCUGUUUCAUCUCAUAGCUAACAUUAUUUUGCAAAUAGCAUGCAUUCAAAAAAUUUAAAAAUAGGUUUCUGUUCAGAUAAUAUUAUUUAAUAUCCAUAUUACUAAGGAAAUUAAUUUUUUUAUCUUUAGGAUAUAGCCUCCUAUAAGUAGAUCUAUUCUAUAAAAGUGUUUAUGCACAGAUUAAGGGAACAAAGAAACAUAAGAUUCUUUAAAAAAAAAGUUGAAGAUUUAUGCACUCUAAAAUAGAGCAUUUUUUGAUUUCUAAAGUAUUGACAGAAAAAAUAUUUACUUUCUGUGCUCUGCUAUUCCCAAAACAAUGUAAUUGUAAUACUGUUCAGUUAUGAGUUAAAUAGAAUGUAUUUCUUCAUAAAAUAUGUUUCAAAAAUAAUCUAGCAGCUUAUUUGUGGUAAUAAUCAAAUAUCUAAAAUAAAAGUAUAUUGCUA